AGUAUAAAGAAUCUUUAGGGAUUCAAUAUUGAAUGUCCUGAGAGGUCAGAUUGCUGUCAGACAUGGCCCAUGAACAUGGACAUGGUCACAGUAAAAUGGAACUUCCAGAUUAUAAACAAUGGAAGAUAGAAGGGACACCAUUAGAAAUUGUCCAAGAGAAGUUGGCUGCACGAGGGCGAAGGGAUCCAUGGGGCCGCAAUGAAGCUUGGAGAUACAUGGGUGGCUUUGCAAACAAUGUUUCCUUUGUUGGUGCAAUACUAAAAGGAUUCAAAUGGGGAUUUGCUGCAUUUGUGAUAGCUGUAGGGGCUGAAUAUUACCUGGAGUCCAAGAAUGAAGACAAGAAGCAUCACUGAAUAUAAUACCUGGAAGUAUCUUAGUGGCUUCUUCAUUCUCUUAUAAAGAUAAGAUUUCUUCACUGU